AUGGCUGCAGAACUGACAUCAACAAAGCUCAACCCGGAGAGCCACAUUAUCCUGGACCAACCACUUCUCCGACUUCCACAUGAACUAGCCCGCAGGAACUUUAAGACCGUACAACGAGCUGUCGAACGCGAAAAGGAAUAUGUCCUCCCUGCACUCAAGGACACCGCAAACGCCUCACUCUCCAACACACAAACCCCCGACCAGACACUUGCCGCCCUCGACGCGAUGAUAUCCCGAAUGCAAGGCCUCAAGAGGAAGAUGGAAGGGCUGCAGGAAGAAGAGAAGAAAAUCCACAACCAGUCUCGCAAGCGCAUUCAACACUUGGAGGCACUGCACAAGAUCCCCAAUCUAGCCGAUGUCAAAUACGACCAGUGGGCAAGAGUACGACUGGAUCGACUGCUUGUGGAUCAUAUGCUGCGAUCGGGGUUUUCGGAAAGUGCAAAGCAACUAGCCCAGGAGAGGGGAGUUGAGGAACUUGUGGAUCUUGAUGUCUUUACGCAGUGUCAACGAAUUGUUAAGAGCUUGAGGCGAGGAGAGACAAAGGAAGCAUUGCAGUGGUGCGGUGAGAAUAAAGCGGCCUUGAAAAAGAGUCAGCACAACCUUGAAUUUGAGCUCCGGCUGCAGCAAUUCAUCGAAAUGGUCCGGACCCAGGACAAAACAAAGAAGAUUGAGGCAAUUGCUCAUGCCAAGAGAUAUCUGAUACUAAACCAUCAGGCUCAAAAUCCGGAGAUCAGGCGUGCUGCUGGGUUGCUGGUCUUUAAGCAAGACACCAAAGUUGAGCCUUACAAGUCGCUCUUCUCACUGGACCGCUGGAAAGAGCUCUCAGAUCUCUUUGUCCAGACUCACCAUGAGUUACUUUCAUUGCCGUCACAGCCAUUACUACAUAUUGCACUUUCAGCCGGACUUUCGGCACUCAAAACACCCCUGUGCCAUUCCGCGUACACAUCGUCCAGCUCUAACUCGCAGUCAACCUCAACAUCAGUGUGUCCGAUCUGCUCGACCGAACUGAACGAGCUCGCCCGCACAAUGCCGUACGCCCAUCACUCGAAGAGCUACGUGGAGAGCGACCCCAUAGUCCUACCUAACGGCCGUGUCUACGGACAGCAGCGGUUAAUAGAAAUCAGCACUAAGUUGGGAUCUGUGGAAUCAGGCAAGGUCAAAGACCCAACAACAGGUGAAGUCUUUGACGAGAGCGACAUGAAGAAAGUGUAUAUAAUGUAA